UUCAUGUCUUAGAUUUUUUUUUCAUUUUUAAUGAUGUCAUGAUAACAUAAAACUCCAACAAGAAGGUAACAGCGGGACAGAAGCUUGGAGAUAUAAUCAUUUCUUUUGAAUGAAAAAAAAGACACCUUGGAUUUGGUUCUAAGCUCAAUUAUCUCAUGGGGAAUGGUGCGUGAGAGCUCCGAAGGAGAAUCAAUUAGCGUUCUUUCUUUCUUAAUUUAAUCAUUUCGAGGAACAUCGGGUUUGAUGGGAGCUGUGUUCUUGUUGGGGAAACCCAGAAACCGCAAUAAAUGCUAUUGUCGUUUCGAUCAAUACUCGACGACGGUACAGACAACAGAUGCAUCAGAAGAAGAAGAAACCGAUACAACAAGAGAAAGAAGACAAAGAAGAAGAAGACGAGGAAGAAGAAGAUUCAGUUGGUUAUUAUUAGGAGACACGACGGCGAUGUUGUCUCCUCCUUCUCAGAUCAUCAUUCUCUUCCUUCUCUUGUCUUCUUCUUCCGCCAUUGUCGAGACAUCGAAUCUUUCUCCGAGAAACCAAACAUUCAGACCACUCGAAGAGCUGAGGAAACUCACGAGCGUAAGACAGCAUCUCAAGAACAUCAACAAACCUUCCCUCAAGACAAUUCAUAGUCCUGAUGGCGACAUCAUAGACUGUGUUUUGGCACACAAGCAACCUGCAUUUGAUCAUCCAAGAUUAAGAGGGCAAAUGCCAAUGGAGCCGCCAGAGAGACCAAAAGGGCAUAACAGAAGAGGAUUGAGACCGAAGGAGUUCCAAUUAUGGAGAAGGAGAGGAGAGUCAUGCCCUGAAGGGACAGUUCCAAUACGGAGAACAAAAGAGGAAGACGUCCUCAGAGCCACUUCGCUUUCAAGCUUCGGGAAAAAAUUCAGAAGCUUCAGAAGAGACACCAAUAGCAAUGGCCAUGAACAUGCGGUUGGGUACGUGAGCGGGGACGAGUAUUACGGAGCAAAGGCGAGCAUUAACGUGUGGGUUCCGAAAGUCGAAAACCAAUACGAAUUCAGUCUAUCUCAAAUAUGGAUUAUUUCUGGUUCCUUUGGUAAUGAUCUCAACACCAUCGAAGCUGGCUGGCAGGUGAGUCCGGAGCUGUACGGAGACAAGUAUCCAAGAUUCUUCACCUAUUGGACAAACGAUGCGUACCAAGCGACGGGAUGUUACAAUUUACUAUGUUCGGGUUUUGUCCAAACCAAUAGUGAAAUCGCAAUUGGGGCUGCGAUCUCUCCCACGUCGUCCUACGAGGGAGGUCAAUUCGAUAUCACUCUGCUUAUUUGGAAGGAUCCGAAGCAUGGGAAUUGGUGGCUAGAAUUCGGGUCGGGUAUAUUAGUCGGGUAUUGGCCAUCGUUCUUGUUCACACACCUGAGGGAUCAUGCGAGCAUGGUGCAGUACGGGGGCGAAAUCGUAAAUUCAAGUCCGUUUGGGGACCAUACCGCAACGCAGAUGGGAAGUGGGCAUUUUGCAGAAGAAGGGUUCUCAAAAGCUUCAUAUUACAGAAAUAUCCAAAUAGUUGAUUGGGAUAACAAUUUGGUCCCUCCCACUAAUCUCAAGGUUAUUGCUGAUCAUCCCAAUUGCUACGACAUCCAAGGUGGUAUUAACAAGGUUUGGGGUAAUUACUUUUACUAUGGUGGACCCGGGAAGAAUCCCAAGUGCCCUUAAAUAUAAAAAAAACAUAUAUAUAUAUAUAUAUAUAUAUAUAUUAAAUUAUACUUAUUAUAUAUUUAUUUAUUUUUAUGUACCCGGUUAUUGUUAUUCAUAAUUAGUUUUUUUUAUUUGGUUAGGUGAUGAGUAAAUCUAUACCCCUUUCGGGUAAUUAUGUGUAAAUGUGAAAAAUUGGUACAAGUUGUAUAAAUUCCAUGACCAUAUACAUACAUGUAUUCUAGUUCCA